AUGAAGACCCAAGCAGCUUAUUAUCUAGCCAGCUCAUCCCUAUCAAUUAUACCCUCGGUUAGACCAAUCGUCAGCAAAACACCUGCAGCAGCAAUACCGCACCGCGCAAGCAAUCCAGCGUCAACAGCAGGGCCCUCGAGCUCGAAUGAUAAUGAAGUGGAUGGCAAGGGUCUCUGGAAUAAAAACGGGAUGAAUACGCUUGUCAACUGGAUCACGGAUGCUGACAGUUAUGAUAGCUACUUUGGCAAGCGACUGGCCGACGUCACCUUGAGCCACUUGCAGGAGGAGAUUGCACAGCACAUCAACCAACAGAACAUUAGCAAAGGGAAACUAGGGCAUGGUGAAGUCCAGAAUGGAGUAUCUGAAGAAGAAGUACGACAUUGCCUCGACAGAGCUGAAGAAAACUGGCGCAGGAAACACAGAAGAGGGAACGCUUAUGGACCUUGUGCGAGACAUCUGCCCUUGUUACGAGAAACUGAAUGCUGUAUUUCAUGGUACACUUGCACGAGACCCACCGAAGCCUCAUCGAUCACUCGUCUCCCCUCCAAACAAUGGCCCGAUAUCGACCAUUUCACGAAUCUCAACAGCCCCAGUAUCCCCUGCACCAUCGGCAACCCUUAG